AUGCACCCUGGUCGCACCCGGCCGGACCGAGUUGCCCCGCAUGGCGAGGCUCCACUUGGGAUGCCUAACUUUAUCUCCGGAAUCCGGUCCGCGCUGGAGCCGGAUGAAUAUGGAGUCGUCAUUCGAAGUAAGGAGAAGUGUGUCAAUCGAUCGGACUUUUUAGAUUCCGACAGUGAACAACAGGCUCUGAGUCAGACCAAUGAAUGA